UAAAUACGUUUAAACGAACGACAACUCUUUGUUUACAAAUUGAAACGCGCUUAAGAACUGGGAGCAACGCGUAUAUCAAGAGGGGAUCGGAACUGAUUAUCAAUAGUCGUGACGAAUGUAUAGACCUCCGUGUGAUUAUGUUGGACAUGUUAACUUUAUAACUUGUUUCUUCUGUGUUAUAACAGAAGUUUCCACAUGCUGUGCGCAAUGAGGCGAUUUAAUAUUACUUCUAUCCAAAUUCUUAUUUUGGUGUAUUGUAUGUUGAAUUUAAUUUCAAAAACUGAAAGUUUGAACAUCAAUGGAAUAGACAUCGGGUUCAACAAGACUUGUUCAUCGAAUCAAAAUGUUACCUGCUAUGUAUAUUACAUCAAAGACGUCGGUUGUUCGGCGAAAGCUGCGACGGCCUUCCCACAGUUGUAUAGAAUAUCUGAAGAUUCCAGAUUCCCGGAAAAACCCGAAUCAAUGAAAACAGAAGUUAUAAAUAAAAUACACAGCAACAACAAAUAUUACACGGGACUAAAAAUUACACUGAGAGCACCCGCUACAGGAAGUUUUGAUGUGUUGAAAGGAUUCGAACUUAUCUUUACUUACAACCUGGACAAUAAGUAUGGAUGUUUGAUUUUUGACUUAUCUGCACAGAAACUCACGUAUAAUGACGUCAUUAAGACGGAUUUUCAUGUAGACGUUUGGCCGAUGUCCCCGGCUGACCCCCCAGUGAUUUACCUGGUCAGUAGAAGUCUUCCCCCUGCCCCUGCUAAAUAUGACCGCUACCUGAAUGCCACAGAAUAUAUCAAACAAGGGGACUUUGGCGUCUGUGUGCCUACUCAAGGAUGCAAUGGCGUGGUAUCAUCGAGUCAGUGGAAAGGUACGAUAUUUUACAAGCCCUUGACGAACAGUUCGGGACCGUUUAACGAAGUUGAGAUGAGCUUUGCUAGGGCUCCACCUGAGUUUGGCUUCAGUCUUUACACAGUCAGCUUAUUCAAAGCUACCAGUCUUAGCGAACCAGUCUCACAGCUCAACUUAACCAACCAAAAUCCACGACAUGUAUUUAGGAAGCUAAAGCCAGGAACAUAUGUUAUAAAGGUUAUACCAUUUGACGAAAACUUUAAUCUAGGACCAUAUCAUUGUUUGUGUAAAACGCAAACUAACGUAUGUCAAUCCUGCAUAACUACGAUAACGGAAAACUUCACACUGGGGUAUAAUCCGCCACCUAAUCUUCCAUCAACCACUGUUACAGAAUCAGGAUCCACCACCGUGACUCACCCACUGCCUCACUCCAAUGAGGAUGCCAUCGUCCCUACCGUCCUGGGAUGUGUGCUGGGGUUAUUGUUAGCAAUUGUCCUAGCUUUUCUCUUCGUCUACUGGAGAAAGAAAAACACAGAAGGAGAUGCUGACACCGAAGAAAAAUUGACCAACUUUAAGUCAACGAAUAUCGAUAUCGGAAAAGACAACUCAAUUUUCUCAAUCGAAGACCAUGAACCAAUUCGGGCUAAGGACCGGGUGUUGCCAAUGAAGACAGUAUUUCUUGCAUAUGCAGAAGAUCAUGAAUGUCACAAAGAAGUCCUCAACGCUUUUGCAUCCUUCUUGAAGAGACACUGUCGUUGCGAUGUAAUUUUUGCACCCUGGAGAAUGACGGAUAUCAUGCAGGACAAAUUCCGUUGGGUCAUUAACUCUAUGGAUCAAGCCGAUUACACAGUGAUCAUCAAUUCCAUCACUGCUUAUGAACAAUACAAGCAGUGGAAGUCCAACGGCAAGAAAAACAGCAAAAUAUUUCAAGGCAGCCCCCUGGCCGAUCUAUUUAUACCAAUAUUGAACCAGACGUGUAUCCGCUUAAACAAUCUCUCCGACUACAGAAAAUUCAUAAUGGUCCGUUUUGAUUAUACACAAAAGGAACACACUAUUAAUGACCUCAAUUCUGGUGGAGAGUACGUUUUAAUGAAACAUCUCCAAGAAUUCCUUUGCCACAUUCAUCAGCUGGAACAGCACAAAACAAAAAUGGAAGACGUAGGAUUGGCUUUUGUUGACGACUUCACACAGUUGCUGGAAGGAUCAAGAUUGAAUGAAAAAAUACAGAAAGCUAGAGAAUAUGAAGCAAAGUUUCCUAGAAGAAUGAAUUCCGAGACGUCCACAGAUUCGGGGUUAGAUAGUGCGGAGAGUCUUCCUGAGAGUGAUAGGCAAACAAUCAAGAAAAUGUACGAAGAAAACCUCCCCAGCAAUUGUCCAGGAAACGUGGAUAGUAUCACAGAUGUUAUCCAUUAUCAAAUGUUAGGAAUUGAGGAGUGUCCAGCCUCUCCCCACUACUCACAUUUGGAGGAUUCAAGUGAUCCAAAUACCUUCCACCCACCUAGCAUAAUAACUGAUGACACAAGUGAAGUGUUGUGGGAUAAAAUGUUUUCUUUGAAUUUAAGAAAUCGAGGUUUUGAAAGUUUACCAACUUCGUUUGACUAUCAUGAGGACAACAACUUCAGUGAUGAGGAAUCUUGCAGAAGUAUCGGCGGUAAAAGUGUAUAAAUCAUAUUGAUCUGGAAACAUCUUUUGGACACCUUGUCUCUUUACAAACAGAUUGUUGAAAUUCUUUUAUUUUUGUAACAUGUAUGUUACUAAUGUGCUCCAUAUACAUGGUUUAGUAAUUAUUUUCAAUUUUCGUGUUGAGUCCCGUUUCUUACUCCACCCCAAAGCAAGCUAUUACGCAAUUUAUGCUUCUCUUCUUCAUUUUAAAUUUGACUUUAUCAGUUAACACAGGUAUUAAAUCAUUUUCAGAUAUUGAAACAAAAUAAGAUCUCUCAUUUUAAUAUGUGUUUUUGCAAUCAUCCAAGUUGACCCGAAACAUUCUGUAAUAUAAUGAAGGUAACGUUUAUAAGUUAUUCAAUAUUGCAAUAUAUUCAUUUUUGUAAAAUAGAAAAAUGAUUCAGAAAAGUUAUAAAUUAUUUAAAUGAGACGGGAAAUAUCUUUUUUAGGUUAGAAGAUGGUUGUAAGCUUUUAAAUUGAUACUUUGACAUUCAAUUUCUGUACUCCCAAAUUAUUUAGGUGAACUGCCCAUAUUAUAGCCUUCUUUUUGUGCCAUAGAAAUAUAGUAAUUAUAGUAAACUAUAAUCAAAUGUAUUACAUAGUUUUGUUUGUUCCAAUACAUAUAAUGUAUUUUUGCGUGUGUUUCAAACUUUUUUGUAUUUGGUUUUUAUAUGCAUGUAAUAUAUAUAUAUAUAUAUAUAUAUAUAUAUAUAAAAUUGAAAUAGAGUAUAUAUAUAUAUAUAUAUAUAUAUAUAUAUAUAUAUAUAUAUAUAUAUAAUUGAAAUAGAGUCUCACUAAUCGGAUACUAAUAUUAAAAUAUUAUGAAAAGAAAACAGAAAUCCUCCGUAAAGCUUUAGCGCUUUCAUUACAUCUUCAGAAGCUUUACAAAAAUCUUUCAGUUUGUAUUGUUGGAAGAGAGAAUCCAGAUACAAUGCACCUGGGAAGAGACUACCGACCUUCCGAAAGUGAACUGUGAAACUUUCUCACUUACCGGCGCGAGCGGGAUUCGAACCCGCGCCGAUAGAGGUGAGAGGUCGUGUGAUUUUGAGCGCGAUGCUCUAACCACUCGCCACGAAGGCCCCUUGUCUUGCAAGACAAUAACUAUUCAUUCACCACAGUUACAUAUUCAUGUGCCUGUUUUGAGGUUACAAAGUGUUUGAAAUAAUUAAAUACCGUUAUUUUAACUGAAAUAUAUAAUAUAGUUCAAUUUUCAUUGAAAUCAAUGUUUGGUGACAAAAUUACAGAUAAUGUCGCUUUGAUUUACACAAUUGAAGAUCACUCUUGUCAAAGUGCAUACACAUGUACCAAAAUAUAUGCAAUAACUAAUCAAUGUGAUUGAAUUAAAGCGUGGAACCCCACCCCACCCCAAAUAUGCUGGUGUCCUUCAAAUGUCUGAUUACUGAUAAAGAGAAUGACAUAUUGGCAAUACUGAAUUGGAAAAUUGAGUUUCAGCGCAAUCUGUUUUUCUUUCCACUAUUUUAUUUCUUGUAUUCAGAAUAGUUAUAUAUGUUUGCUUGUGUAUUCGUUUGAAAGUUUUCCUAUUUACGAUGUACAUUUACAUGCGUUUGUAACCUACUCAUAACCUAUUAGCACUUCGGUUUCAAUCUAUAAGAAUGAACUUUGUAUAUAUUUCAAGUAUAUAUUAAUCGUUGUUGAUAUAUGAAUAUUUGGAUUUAUUUUUAUGUAUAACACAAUUAUAAAUGAUAUAAAUUAUUUUAAUUAUAUUGAAA